ACCAGAUUUCACCUGCUCCGUUCCGUUCCGUUCCUUCCUUCCCCUGCCUUUCUUCUGCAAACUUUGCUAACUGACGCUUCCAGUCAGGGGUAAACGCUGAAGGCCGCGAUAUCAGAGCAGAGCCGUAUCGUCGUAGACUUAUGUACCUGGCUGCUGUGGCUGGUGAUGCCACCAUAUCCAUCUCCCUCUCUCCUUUGCCUUCUUGUUCGUGCUGCCGCUGACGAUUGUCAGGGAGGGGGGGUGGUGUGCAGCGUGGUGUGCGUUCUCCCUGGUGCUGUCAUCUGGGUGCGGUGUUGCUCCUGCUCCCACUUCGCCAGCACAUCUUUGAGCUUGUCUUACGAUACUGCACGGCCCGAGCGCAGCUGCCGCUGGCUCUUGUGGUAAUGGCAAGGCAACGGGCGAUGGAAAGGCAAAAGGCGCCAAAAAUCUCAAAAGCGAAUCC